AUGGUGCUUACUAUGUUGACCGCAGCUCGAGGUGGUGCUGGAGAUGUUUAUCAAAAUACACAAACUGUUCGAUGUAAUUAUCCUGUUCAUAUUGAAAAUGGUUUUAUUACUGUAUAUAAUGUUACUAUUUGGGAAGAUCAAACAUAUACAGGUACAAUUACUUAUGAAUGUAAUUAUGGUUUUGAAACUGUAUAUGGACGUGAUCAAAUUAUGACUGAAUGUUCAAAUGGUAUAUGGACAAAUGUUACUAGUUGUCAAGAAAUUCCAACAUGUCCAAAACAAGAUUUACUUGAUAUUGAAUCUCAAGUUGAAAAUUCAUAUGUUUAUAAUGUUUCACUUCAGUAUAUUCGUAAUCCAUUAGCAUUUGUUUAUAGUUCAUAUGUUCUUCGCACUUGUUUACCAAAUUUCGAACAUGAUCCAUUAAGUCCACCAUUGAAAAUUCAAUGUCAACGUGAUACUCAUACAUGGACUGGAAUACCAAUAUGUCGAAAAAUUGAACCAAUGACAACUGAAAUGACAAUAACUGAAAAUAAUGAACCAUCAAUAGAAAUUGAUAAUUUAAUAAUGUUAAAAGAAAAUUCUACCAAUAAUCAAUCUCAGACAACAAUAGAAACAGAAAGCAGUACUAUUGUAUUUGAUACGACUCAUACUAUUGUUUGCUAUUCAAAUGAAAUUCCAUACAUUCCAAAUUCAGUUAUAAUUCAAUUACAAUCAAAUAUAACAUAUGAUGUUGGUACUACUCUAGUAUAUGAAUGUCAACCAGGAUAUGAAUCUUUGUCUAAUCAAUCAAGUUUUACGACUUGUUCUAUGAAUGGAACGUGGUCUAUCGAUACAAUUAAUACAACAAUGUGCCAAUUGAGUAGUAUCACUACUGAAGAAACUUUUUUCAAUACGUCGACAGUUCCAUCAAACAUAACAGAUGAGAAUAAAAAUAUUACUGUUAAUCUAGAUGAAAAUUUACCAAUUAUGAAUUUAUCAAAUGAAACAUUAACGUCAGAAAUACGUUCAAUAUCGGCUGGUGAUCGAGAAGUACUUCAUAUUAUUUCAUACUGUAAAGAAUUACCUCAAAUUGAACAUGCUCAAUUAUUACGUGAUGAUACAAUAAAACAUAAUUUUAAUAAUGAAAUAAGUUAUAGUGGUUCACUUGAAUAUAUUUGUCAAUUUGGUUUUAUAAGCGAGAAUAAUAAAAACGAACCAUUUCAAGUAACUUGUCGAAACGGUGUUUUUUAUCCGAAAAUAUUUUGUAUUGAAAAACCUCGUUGUUCACUUCCACCUUCAAUUGAUAUGUCUAGAAAUACAAUUAUUAAUUCUGCAAUAAAUGUAUUUGAUACAUCAACUAAUGAAGCUAUUCCUGGAUCAUUUAUUCUUUUAAAAUGUUUUGAUAAAAAUAAUGAUGAAAAUUCAAAUUUUAAUAUAACUUGUCUAGAAAAUGGUCAAUGGUUAUUACCACCAUCAUCUUGCAUUGUUCCAUUUCAACGUCGAUGUCAAAGUGGAAUUACUAUUCCAAAUGCUCGAACACGAAUCAAUGCGAAAUUAACUACGGAUGGUUAUUACAAUGAUGGAAGCCGAGCUGCAUAUCAAUGUCUGGAAAAUUUUGUUCAUGAUCCUCAAUCAGGUCCAAUACAUAUCCAAUGUAAAAAUGGCCGAUGGGGACCGCGACCAAGAUGUAUUCCAAAUGGUUGUACUGAACCAAUGUCUGAUACAAUUGAAAAUGGUUGGAAAAGUGCUGAAUCUUUUAUUAUAUAUAAUGAUAUUAAAUAUUAUAAAUUAACAAGAUAUUCUUGUCGUGAAAAAGCAAUUUUAGUUGAUUCAUCAUCUCGUGUUAUUGAUAUUGAAUGUCGAAAUAAUAAAUGGCAAUAUACAUCUUUACCUGCCUGUCAACUUGAAGAAUAA